AUGUCGCUGUCCCUCGCCAGCAUCCCCGUUAUCCUGAAGGAUAAGAGCUUCCCCGCCGCCUCCAGCCUCCUGAAGGCCAGCCCCGCGCGCGGCUUCUUCCCGGCCCCGUUCCCCGGUCCGCAUCCCUACGUGGACUUCUUCCCGCGGACGCACAGCCUCCUGCACCCGCUCAAGUCUCUGGGCCGCCUGGUGUCGGAGACGCACCACGCGGCCCUGCCGCUCCCCCUGCACGGGGGCGCGCCUCCUUUCUUCGGACAGGGCGCCUCGGUGCUCCACGAGCACGUGCUGAGCGCCUCGGGCAGCAUCCCGUACGUCAGCCACGUGCUGCCGGGACAGCCUCCGUGCGCCAAGCCGGAGGAGCUGGCCGCCGUGGUCACCGAGCACGCCGCCGCCCCGCUGUCCUCGGACUUCAGCAGCCCGUCCACCGACAGGUCCCCGUCCGCCUCUUCCUCCGGCAACACGCCGCUCAAGGACACUUUGUUCCGGCUGAGAGGAGCGGAGCAGUCCCCGGAGAAGAAGUGCGCGACUUACAACUUCAGCGAGGACGACCUGUUCACGGUGCUGUACGGAUACUCCAGCGGCCACGAGCGCAGCGUGGGCCACGCGCUAUCAGGGCUGGUCCUGCCGGAACACUCAGUGUCUGAUUCCCACAUUUUCCAACUGGAUAAGGAAACACUCGAGCUUCCAGAAGGGUUAACCAUCCUCCAGGCCGUCUGGGGAAAAGCUGCACAGUGCGGAGUGUUCACCGAGAAAAACAACAUUCCCAAAGGCACGCGCUUCGGACCCUUCCAGGGGAAACUGGUCAACACCAGCGAGAUCAAAACCUACGAUGACAACACCUUGAUGUGGGAGGUGUUUGAAAACGGCCGCCUGAGUCACUUCGUGGACGGCAGAGGAUCCGGGAACUGGAUGUCGGUGGUGAAGUGCGCGCGCUUCCCGGAGGAGCAGAACCUGACGGCGGUGCAGAUCCAGGGUCAGAUCUUCUACGAGGCCUGCAAGGAGAUCGGGCCUGGCCAGGAGCUGCUGGUGUGGUACGGAGACUGCUACAUGCAGUUCCUCGGCAUCCCCCUCACACUGAAAGACCCCCGCGAGGACAGCGGCGCGCUCACGCCCACCGAAGAUGCGGGUGAAGGCUUCAAGUGUGACCGCUGCGGGAAGGUGUUCGCCUACAAGUACUACAGAGACAAGCACCUGAAGUACACGCGCUGCGUGGAUCAGGGCGACCGGAAGUUUCCCUGCCACCUCUGCAACAGAUCCUUCGAGAAGAGGGACCGAUUGCGCAUCCACAUCCUGCACGUGCACGAGAAGCACAGACCCCACAAGUGCUCAGUGUGCGGAAAGAGUUUCUCCCAGUCAUCCAGCCUCAACAAACACAUGCGUGUUCACUCCGGAGAGAGGCCGUACAAGUGUGUCUACUGCAACAAGGCCUUCACAGCCUCCAGCAUCCUGCGCACUCACAUCCGCCAGCACUCGGGCGAGCGGCCCUUCAAGUGUAAACACUGCGGGAAGGCCUUCGCCUCGCACGCGGCGCACGACAGCCACGUCCGGCGGACGCACGCGCGGGACAAGCCGCAUGCGUGCGGGCUGUGCGGGGCGUCCUUCCAGGAGGAGCAGGAGCUCAGAUACCACAGCAAGGCGCACAAAAAAAGACAGAACUUGGACAGCACUGUUAUUUCCCCGUCUCCGGGACUGCAGGAGGACUCAGACUCGCAGAAGAAGGGACAGAACUUCCCCUACGCCGGCUUCACAGCUCUAAAUCCAGAAUAUCGACCCUGGAACUGA